AUGGAUAAUAUAUUUAAGGGGUAUGACAGAAUGAAUGUAAUUAAGGUUAUUCACAUUCUUUAUGACAUGGCGCAUGAUUUUCAAAUUCCAGAAACUGAAAAUCACAUACAAAUUCGGGUUUCAAAGCUUAAGCUUAAUUUACGACAAACACGUUGCCCUACUGGAACUGCAAUUCUUUGGUCCCUCGCAAGCACAGCAAACUAUUUUUCAAAGAUUCCGAUUAAGGACAUUCGAUUUUUAUUUGUCAAAGAUAAGAGUUUCCAAAAUUAUUCAAGUGCUGACUUCAUCAAUGGCCAACGCCCACACCCUCCUGUGGUAAGAGGCCAACCCUGCGUAAACCCUCCGUCUGCUGCACAGAUUAAGCUGGCGUACGUGUACCUGUGGCAUCCUAUCGACCUGUACCUACCCCUUCUUCUGUAA